AUGGCUUCUGAUAUGGAAUAUGUUCGUCUUGGCAACUCCGGCCUCAAGAUCUCCAAGAUCAUCCUGGGUACCAUGUCCUACGGCACCAGACAAUGGCAGGACUGGGUACUGGAUGAGGAGGAAGCCCUCCCCUUGAUCGAGCACGCCUACAAGCGCGGAAUCAACACUUGGGAUACGGCCGACGUCUAUUCCCACGGUCGCUCGGAGGAGAUCAUCGGCAAGGCGCUGAAGCAAUUCAACAUCCCGCGCGACCGGGUCGUUAUUAUGACCAAGUGCUUCUUCGGCGUGGACGACGAAGGGGGCAUGCCUCCCAUUUCCGCCUGCGGCCGGAACGACGCCGGAUUCGUCAACCGCGUUGGCCUGUCUCGCAAGCACAUCUUCGAUGCUGUGGACGCCAGUGUCCAGAGACUUGGCACCUAUAUCGACGUGCUGCAGAUCCACCGGCUGGAUCGCGACACGCCCCGCGAGGAGAUCAUGCGGGCGCUCAACGAUGUGGUCGAGAGUGGGAAAGUGAGAUAUAUCGGUGCCAGUACGAUGGCCGCCUGGGAAUUCCAGACCCUGCAGAACAUCGCCGCCCGCAACGGCUGGCAUCAGUUCAUCUCCAUGCAGAACUUCCACAACCUGCUGGCCCGCGAGGAAGAGCGAGAAAUGAUCCCCUACUGCCAGGACGCGGGCGUGGGCCUGAUCCCCUGGUCGCCCAUGGCGCGGGGCGUGCUGGCGCGGCCCUGGGGCUCGCGCUCGACGGUGCGCGAGUCGACCGACGGCGCCCUCAAGAUGCUGAUCCGCAGCCGCGAGACGGAGGCCGACAAGGCGAUCGUGGAUCGCGUCGAGGAGCUCGCCCAGAAGAAGGGCGUGAGCAUGGCGCAGAUCGCCAUCGCCUGGUCCCUGAGCCACCCGAAGGAGAACCCGAUUCUGGGCCUCAGCAGCAAGGAGCGCAUCGACGAGGCCGUUGCGGCCAUCAAGGUGCAGUUGACCGCCGAGGAGAUCAAAUAUCUGGAAGAACCGUAUGUCCCUCGGGCAGUGUCGAGCUUGGAGCGGUGA